UGCGCGCAAACAUGUUUAUCUCUGAGAUCUAAAGGUCUAUAACCACCAGACAGGAGUGCUGUCGGUCACACUUCUGCUUCUUAUCACCUGCCUCACACGAGUGUCCUACACUGGAAUUAUAUUGUAGAUUUAAAACUCUGCUGUUUUUACAGGUCAGAACAUUAAGCGGAAUUAAAUUUAUUUUAUUAAUCCUUAAGGGGAAAUUAAGGAAGAUAAGGGAAACUCUUUUUUUUUUGAAAGCUUGAUUCCUGCUUGUCCACAUCUCCUCCAGCCAUGAACGCUUCUGAGGAGGAUGCAAAGACCCUCUACAACACAACUAUGGGAUUAUGGAAUAUUAGCCUUUCUGGAUUUUACAUGCUGAUUUUCAUCGUUGCUGUACCAGGAAACAUCUUGGCUCUGUGGGCAUUCUGUAAGCAGAAAAGCACGUCUCCAUCGAAGAUCUUCCUGAGGAAUCUGGCGAUAGCUGACAUCUGCUAUGUUCUUGUUUUACCAAUGCGUAUCGUGUACCACCUCUCCGACAGCCACUGGCCUUUGGGACAUAUCCUCUGUCAACUGUCGGGUUUUCUCUUCUACCUGAACAUGUACUGCAGUCUCUACCUCAUGAGCUUCAUCAGUCUGGAUAGAGUACUGGCUGUGGUUUUACCCUUAAACUCUCAGUCGGUAAGGAAGCCUUUGUUUGCAAAUAUAGCUGUUGCUGUGCUUUGGGUCAUAGUUUUGGUUUCUAUGAUUCCAACACUUUUCUCAACAAAGAACCAGACGAAUUCAACAGGCACCUGCAGCAAGCUGUACCUGGAAGAGACCUCCCCUAAAGCUUUGGUUUCAACUAUUGUGGCUUUUCUGAUCCCCCUCACCACAAUUGUCAUCUCAUACGUCCUGAUUCUGCUGAAACUGAGAAAACUCAAGCAGGAUGAUUUGCGUCGGGUAAAAGAUAAGGCAGCAAAAAUGAUUAUACUCAUCUUGGUAAACUUUCUGUUGGCUUUCAUGCCUUAUCAUGUGUGCAGGAUCAUCUACAUUAAAAGCCUCAAUCCUGUCCCUGGCAACAUGAGUGAGGCUCUGGUAAAAGCCAACCAGAUCACAUCUGCACUGACAUGCAUUAGUGGUAUACUGGACCCUGUGAUGUAUUUCUAUUUGAAUCGUGUGUACAAGAACACAUUUUUGCAGCUAUUCUGUAAAAACAAAGAGCAAGAUAAGUCAUCGGGAUCUAAAAGUGGACUAAGGGCAAACGAGGGGUUUUGAAUGAAGCUAAACACCAGUGGGACUUUGCACUCCUGUUCAUUCAGCAUGCUUUGUUAAGAACAAAUUUGUACUCAUAUGUUGAGCCCUGUUUCUGUCAGCAGCACAUACUUACUAGUAUUUAAAAUAGUGACUUUCCAGUUUUUGUCAAUCAAAGCAACUUUUUUGUUGUUGUCAAAAUCAUAAACUUUUUCUAAUUGUGAACAUUUGUCAACCAUGUUUUACAAAAAGAUUUUUGGCAAAAAACAGACUUUUUUUAUGUAUGAAAAUAUGGACACUAUUUGUAACUUGUACAUUUUUUUACGUAAACUGUUGGACUUUCCGUUGGUUAUUUCUAUUCAGAAUUUGUUUCACAGUGUUGUAAGAUUUAUUAUAUUAUAGUUUUUUGAGUGUCUUAAUGCAAUAUUAUGUUUAUAAAAGUGCUUGAACAAAAAGCGGUUUUUGGUUAAUCAGGUUUUUUAAAUGGUUUUUGCUUGACUACAUACCUUUCAUGCUGCAGAUUUUUCCUUGCAGUUCUGUCUGUUGCUUUUAAGUUAAAGUUCACUUCCUGACAAGCUGAUCUUGUGGUUGUAUUUGGUCAAAUGUGUGAAAACAGCAGCUCAUUCUUUUCCGACAACAUAUUUUUGUCCUUUCCAGCUAGUUGAUGACGACUGCAUUUCUCAUUUUGAGAGAUGCGUUGGGACAGACAGCUUUGAAAUUCUCACAGUAAAUUGAAAUCUGCCUCACAACCACAUUUUACGUCAUUCUUACUUGGUGCUUCCCAGCAAAUUAUUGCAAAAUAUUUGUGUGGUGUUUAAAGGUUAUAAGGUGGGAAAUUUCCCUCCUUCUUUGGUUUUAUUAUUUUCAGUGUGAAGAAAAAUAUAGAUGGUGUCUCAAAGUACUGAUUGUGAUAGAUUGGCAUCCUGAACCAUUUGAAUACAAUUGUCGUAGAAUAUGAAGAUACAUUUUACCUUUUGCCAUAGUGUAUUACAUCAAAGUGCAAUAAAAAAUUUUUUAAAAAUGUGAAUUUUUUACUUGUUGAAAUUAUCAAUUGAAAAAUGAUAAGACAAAGAAAGAUAUAGAGUAAAACCCAAAAAGAUAUAUCAAUACAACCAUCUUGAAGUUUUUCUAGUCAAGGUUAUGAAGUGUAAUGUUUUACUUUUUGGAAAUCCUGUAUGGCUAUCUAUUUGGAAUAAAGGAAAAGGAACAAAA